AUGAAAAACGCUUUCUUUUUUUGGUCUUUCAAAUAUAAACACAAACUUUUUCUCGUUAACCAGAUGGUAUUAGCAGAUUGGUUCGGUACCACUCCAAAAGGUGAUAAAUCACCUGAUCCUCCUGUUGUGGAGGGGAUUAUUGAGGAACCUUCGACUAAAGAACUGUCACUUUACAAUUACAAUCAUCCACAUGAGAAACCCGAGAAAGACAAUCAAUUAAGCUUACAAGGGAUAGUGACAUCCAACCCCUACUUUGCCGCUGGUGGAGGUUUGAUGGUUUUAGGAGCAGGGCUUGGGCUUGCCCGGAAAGGUCUCAUUGCUUUUUCAAAUCUGAUGAUUCGUCGUUUAAUCGUCGAUUUGGAAAUUAGAAACAGUGAUAAAUCAUAUGAUUGGUUUCUGAAUUGGAUGGCUAAUUACAAACAUAGAGUUUCGAGGCAGUUGAGUGUCCAGACUAAAUAUGUUCAACAUCAAAAUGGCUCGAUUCAAACCGGAUUCUCGUUUGUUCCAGGACCUGGUUCUCAUUGGUUUAAAUACAACGGCGCUUGGUUUAACGUUAAGAGAGAAAGAUCGGAGAGGAUCCACAAUUCAGGGCAACCAAUGGAAACCGUUACUUUGAAGACGUUAUACAAGGAUAGGUUUCUGUUGGCAUCAAUAUUAGACGAGGCCAGGCAGAUGGCAAUGAAAAUGAAUGAGGGUAAAACAGUUUUAUUUAAAUCCUGGGGGCAAGAUUGGAGGGUUUUUGGAAAGCCAAGAAGGAAACGUGUAAUUGAUUCUGUUAUUUUGGACAAAGGUAUAAAAGAAAGUAUUAUUGAUGACGUCAAGGAGUUUCUAGAAUCUGGCUCGUGGUACAAUGACAGAGGUAUUCCUUAUCGUCGAGGAUAUCUUCUAUAUGGGCCACCAGGUAGCGGUAAAACAAGUUUUAUACAAGCACUUGCCGGCGAAUUCGAUUAUAACAUUGCAAUAAUGAACAUUGGUGAGCCAAACUUAACAGACGACAGAUUAGCAUAUUUAAUGAACAACAUUCCUGAACGUACCAUUCUUUUAUUGGAAGAUAUUGAUGCCGCAUUUAACCGACGUGAACAAUCCAAAGAACAAGGAUAUUCAUCGGGGGUUACUUUCAGUGGGUUGUUAAAUGCUCUUGAUGGUGUUGCAUCUGCAGAAGAAGUGAUAACAUUCAUGACGACUAAUCACCCAGAAAAGCUUGAUCCAGCUCUUUUACGGCCAGGUAGAAUAGAUGUCAAGGUCCUCAUUGAUAACGCGUCAGAUUAUCAAAUAGAGAAAAUGUUCCAAAGAUUUUAUGAUAAUGAAGAAAAACUUGACAAAUUUAUGAAAAAGUUCAAAGACUUGGAACUACCAUAUGUAAGUACUGCUCAGUUGCAAGGUUUGUUUGUGCAAUUCAAGGAGGAUCCAGAUUUGGCUAUUGAAAACGUGGAAAUCUUGAAGUCCCCUCAUAUGAACAACUUCUUCUAUGAGUAA